GUGGCAGCAACAAAACUAAGUCAUCAUGAAAAUGGGUCAAUCGUUACGUUGCCUCUUUUGGGCAAUACUUUAUUGUGUGCUCUAUUUGGUCAGUGCCUCCGAUGAGGAUUUAAUGGAUUUUGAUUUUGGUGAUCUCAAGGAAAUUGAUUGGAACUAUGAAAAUAACAACAGCCAGGAAUUGUUGAAUAAAGCCACAACAGCUACCAAAGAAAAUUCCAUAACAUUUGAUGAUGAUAUCGAUUUUCUGGAAGAAGAUGAUGGCGAUCAAAUGCAACGUUACGACUGGCGUGAGAAAAUGUUAAGAACCGCUUUGUCGAAGGCAUUAACCAAUAAAGUUGUACGACAAAAAUUCAUUGAAGUUAUGCCGAUUUUGAGAGUUCUGUCGAAACAACAAAAAUUGGCAUUAUCGGCAUUGAUAACGGCUCAGUUUAGUGCCAAAAAGGGUCAUGAAUUGAGAUUGGAUCAGGUUCGAAUGAUGUUUGGUGAUGACAAGAGUUUAAUCCUACCCGUGGUCUAUGAUAUUGCCAAUUUGGUGAAAAAUUCCGCCAAGAAAUAUAUUGAAUUCGAUUACAGCAUUCAGGAUUUGGCUAAUUUUGGUAAAUCCAAAUCUUCGGCAGAUAGAAGAAAAUUGGAUUUAACUUCCAAGGAAUUGGCUGAGGAAGAAAAUAAUGAGGGUAUUGGUACUUUGCCAUAUACAGCUGAUGCAUCAUCUAAGGAGGAAGAAGAUGAUAUGGAAGAUUUUAUGGAUGACAUGCCAGAACAAUUUUUAGAUCCCAUGGAAAUCAACAAAGAAUUGCUAGUUGUGAAGGAGGAGAAAAAUAAUAAUGAUACAGCAACCAAAAUAGAAAAAAUUGAUGCAGCCGAGACAACGAAAAUCGAAGAGGAAAAACCAGCCAUUGAUAAUGUUGAGAUUAUAGCUGAGGAUGUUGUUGUUGAUGAUCCAUUGAAAAUCAAUCACGAAUUACAAAAAGAUGUACCCACUUUGGAAUUAAUUAAGGGAAACAUUCCAACAUUGACUGAUGAAAAUGUAGAAACUCCCACAACAAGUACCACAACACCUGCCCCUUUGAGACGUACCAGAAGAGCUACAGAAAAUGAGGCAUUUGUACACAAAUUGGUGCGAUCAGUACCAGCUUCUAUAAAUGAAGCCGAUUUACAGCGGGGUUUAGGUGGUCGUACUUUAAAAUUAAAUACCACAGCAUUUGCCACACCCAAAGAAACCACCUUAGCUCCCCUUACCACCAUCCCGCCACAAAAAGAUGAAGAAGAAGAAACCGCGGUUGCUGAAGAUUCAUCUUUAGAAACCUAUCAGCAAGUUGAAGAUUUAGCCUUUGCCAGUCUAAACGGUUCAGAAAUUCUGCUAAAUGAAGAUGAACCCGAAGAAAGAGAUAACACACCUAAUAAUGGAGAACCUCAAGAUGAGUUGUUACCCACACCCGAAGAAUUAAUUGCUGGGCCACGUUAUCGCCUAUCGGCAAAUAAGUUAAUGCGACCCGCCAUGGCCAAAGGUAAACGUGUACCGGCCAAAGUACGUACACGAACUCAGCAGGGUAGUGGUGUUCCACCGCCAAAAAAAUGUGAACGUUUCACAGCAUCGAUGUGUAUACGAACCGAAGACUAUCCCAUGUAA